AUGAUAACUACAAUAUGUAUACUCGUAUAUGGUUGUGCAGCCGAUCAUUGUGAUGAGUAUAUUAAAAUCGGCGGGAACACUGCCAUUGAAACCCUGAUGACAAUUUGUAAGGUUGUUGUUGUUGUUGUGUGUGGGGAAGAGUACAUGCACUCACCCAACGAAGCCGACGUAGCAUCGCUACUUCGAGGAAAGGAAGAGAGAAAAUUCCCAAGUAUGUUUAGUUAUAUCGACUGUAUGCACUGGGAGUGGAAGAAUUGUCCGGUGUCGUGGCAUGGCACGCACAAAGGAAGCUCUCAUACGCAUAUGUUCAUAUUAGAGGCGGUUGCCUCAAAAGAUUUGUGGAUCUGGCAUGCAUUCUUUCAAAUGUCGGGUUCACAUAAUGAUAUUAAUGUGCAGGAUCAUUCUCCGUUAUUCGACAGCAUCGUCACUGGCCAAAUUCCUCGGGUUAAUUUCUUUGUGAAUGGCCAUUACCAUAGAAUGGGGUAUUACCUAUCUGAUAGUAUAUAUCCAAAGUGGGCAACUUUGAUGCAGACCAUCCCGCACCCAACUACAGUAAAAGAAAAGCUUUUUGCCCAUAUACAAGAGGCCUACAGGAAAGAUGUGGAACGAGCUUUUGGGGUCUUAUAG